AUGCCUGAGUCAGCGGGAUCUGGCAACACCACGGAUUGGUGGCACUUCCCCUUUGACCCCACUGUGAGGAUGCCGCGCCAUUUAGUAGAUGACGACUCUCCGCCAUCCGCACUGAUCACUGUUCUCUCAACAAUCGAUCAUCGCGCCAACCAGUCUUCAUCAGGCAAUACAUCUUGGUUCCAGGCUCCACUGAGCAAAGAGGACCACAAUUCUCUCAUGGCCGGUCGUUUUGGUGAUGACUUGUUCAAGAAUCCACUCGAACACAACUUCAAUCCUCAAUUCCAUAGCUUUGCCCUACGCACGGGUCGUCCCUUGGUCCAUGACUCUCUCCUCCGCGAACUCAUGAAUUUGUUGAUGAGCCGCUUGAGACGAUUGUGCUUGGAGAACCCCGCUGCCGAGUCAUUCGUUGAUUGCAUCCAAACCCGUGGCCCGGUCACGCUCACCAUGGUCGCGAAUGGCUGCAAGCACGACACAGAUGCCCAGCUCAAGCACAAAGCGGCACGCUACCCUGGCAUGGUCUUUGAAGUUGCUUUCUCGCAAAACAGUGAGGAUUUGGAAAAGAUUGCGAACACAUACAUCAUGGGAUCUGGUGGGAAUACUCGUCGAGUUAUGAUGUUGAACGUCAACCAUCCUGGUUCAAAGAAGGCGACUCUGAAGAUUUGGAAACCGAAGAUCGCAACAAGCCCUGACAAUUCGCUCCCAACCUUGUCUGCAGAGGUGGAGGUGGCCGAUCUGGAGUUCCGAACUGCCGAAGGUGGAUUAAGUCCAGCAUGGGCGUUGGCGCUUCCUGUCCGGUACUUUGCGCCCAGAACCCUGGUUCCCGAGUCUCUGCUUGACAAGUCCGCAAAUUCCUACAGUCAGCAUGUCUUUUGGGAUAGCUUCAGUCGUCUCACGAUGGAGUCUUCACGGCAGCAGGCCUUUCAGCGGCUGCGUCCACCUUGCGUCGAAUUGAGCUCCGUCGCUCUGAAACUCAAGGCAAAUCAGACAUCCGCGAAAGUUGUACUUCUUUCCCUGGAACAGGUACACCGGGUUCUUUGCUCGCUUGGAGAAGAGGAUCUUCUCGAUGAGAAAUUGGCGGAAUACGCCUUCUUCCCCCUGACCCAUAUUUUUAAUCAGUCUUUUCGAAUAUCAUCCCGAGGCCUGGAGUUAGCUGUCAGAUGCGUGCAAAUCCUGGUCUCAAAAGGAUGGCGAGACAAGCUGCUCCCCGAGAUGGCCAAACAGCUGCUCAUUCUCAUGGGCUUGCUGGUUUCUCGAGGACCGAACCAACAGAAUCAGCCUCCUACUGAUGAGCUGAAAGUUGCUUCAUUCGAAUGCAUGGCGGUCAUCAUCCGCCAGAGUGCUUCAGUAGCACCCACAGUCUUGGAAGGUGUUGGCAGCAAGAACAUUGUAGACCAGCUGGUCUAUCAGCUACUUGAAGCGGUAACAGAGGCGUCGUCUGAGGACGUCCAGAUCAGUGCAACCCACGCUCUUCUUGAGCUUCAGCGUGCUAUCAAGAGUCGAGCAUUAUUGGCCAGUUUGCUUCCACGUACUGUCUCUACACUGGUCAAAGUCCUUCGAUCCAGCACUCAGGCUCGUCGAACGAGAAAGGUUCUUGUCGCAUACUUGGAACUGAUGACUGAGGCUUUAAGAAACGUCCUUGCUGAUAGGAUUGCCUCGGAUAACAUUAAAGCGAGACCUCUGACCAAGCCAUCAAUAGCACACGGCGCUGAUGAUGAGGUUAUACUGGACAAAUCCUGGAUCGAUGCGACUGCGUCUCAAAUCGAUCUGGCUCUGAUUCAGGUGGUCAAACUGAGGACUCAUUCCAGCCCUGACGUUGUUGAAGCUCUCCUCAACCUUUGUCUGACGGUUAUCGAUGACUGUCCGCAGACUCUUGCUCAAUCUGUCCCUCUGAUGGUAGAGACUCUUGCAGUCCUUUGCCGAUCGUCCGAUGGAUCUAAAGCAAACUCUGCUCUCAAAUAUUUGAUGACCUCGAGGCCCGAGAUAGCCGAGAUCUUAGAGGCCAAAUUCUAUGAAUGGUCCCAGGCACUCCCCCGAGUGAUGCAAGGUAAUGACGAUAGACCCAAACAGCAACUGCUCAAGCAGGUAACGACAUCGUUCAUCGCAUUAUCAGACAGUUCAAAUGCCACUGAUGAAGAAAUGUCGAGGUUUGCCUCGAUUCUAAUUGACACUGUUGCAGCAGCUGUUGACUCGGGUCCGAAAAAGUCAAAGCUAGUUAGCGAGAGGCCUCAGAUCUCCCCCAGCGAACUUGUCCAGCAGUCUAGACGAUCAGAACAUGGAUUUUUGCCGGUUAUCUUGAGUCACCAGAGCCAGCAGUCAUCCACAGAAGAGCUCCAAGUGUUGAUUGCCACCCUCAAGACGCACUCGUUCAGCCAGAACAUUACACGCAGUCUUGUCGAUCAUCUGCAUGACUCCGAUAUCAGCAAGAAAUUAUCGGCAGCAUGGCUCGCUCUCCAAUUCCUGAGAUCUGACAGCAACAAGUCAUUUGAUGUGAUGGAGCUAGUGGACGACAAUAUUUCCUCGCCUGACUUCUCACUUUCUCGUCCUUUUCUUAUAAGCGAUCUUUAUUCGAAUAUUCUGCCAUACCUGACAGAAUACCCUGACCUCGAAGACGAAGGAGACACAGACUGGCGCCUGGUGGCACUAUCACUUGAGAGUUUAAUACUCCAGGCUUCUCAGCUCAGUCAAUCGUACCGUCCUGAGCUAGUGGAGACACUAUUUCCACUACUCACCCUGCUUGGUUCCGGUAAUGCAUUGCUCCAGCAGCAUGCAAUGACGGCCCUGAACCUAUUGGCUACAGCAUGUGAAUAUCCUUCGACCUCUCAGAUGUUGAUUGAGAAUGUGGACUACCUAAUCAAUGCCGUUGCGCUGCGGCUUAACGCCUUUGAUGUGUCGCCAAUCAGUCUCCGCGUGAUUGGGAUGAUGAUCCAUCUUUGUGGUGGCAGACUCCUCCCACAUCUUGACGACCUCAUCGGAAGCAUAUUUGGCGCGCUAGACACCUUCCAUGGUUACCCGAAUCUCGUCGAACAGUUGUUCGAAGUGCUUAAGAUGGUGGUGACAGAAAGUUCUAAGAAACCUGCCAUUCUUUCAAUUCAGUCUGGGCGAGCACUUGAGAGCCACCGGAACGUUGCGGCCCACGUAUCUGGACUGCAAGACAUUCUAGGCGACAUGGAACGCAGGAAACACAGACGGCGCCGAUCUGACGAGGAAUAUGAAGAGAUUAGUGGUGCUCCCCACCGGCCGUGGACGGAUGCCGAAGACGGUGGGCUGAGUGAGGAGCAGAGUAGCCUCUCCGGCGAGAAUGAAGACGGGGAGGACGAUCAGCGGCUCGAACAAACAGCUGAUGGGCAAGAGGCUAAGAUCUCCAAGUCCCACCAGCUUCUGCUCAACGUUGCACAGUCUACAGUCCCACAUCUGACGUCCCCCUCAUCGAAGGUGCGCUCUAUUUUGUUGGAACUGCUGCAAGAGAUAUGUCCACUCCUUGCGGGACAUGAGAAUACUUUUCUACCCUUGGUGAACUCCAUAUGGCCGGCAGUGGUGUGCAGACUUUUGUCCGGGAAUGAUGCGAACACGGCGAACGCACCGUACAUUGUUAGAGCUGCCGCCCUCACGAUAGCCGAUAUCUGCGGUGCAGCAGGCAAUUUCAUGUCCAGUCGAAUCGAUGAGCUUUUCGAUGAGCUUGAAAUCCUAUUCGAGAAAACAUAUUCGAGCGUCUUCAGGUCGACCAGGCGGCAGAAGUCGACUACGACGUUGAACAUGAAACGAUCAGAAUUGGUCGUCUAUACAGGCAAUUCAACACGGCUUACCCACGAAGCUAGCUCGUUGCCUAGUCAAUCUUCUGUGGCUCCAUACAGUGUCAUUGUCAGGUCAUCAAGCGGACAAAUACUGGAAGCACUCGUGACGUUGUUGAUCAGCAUUCUUCAGCAUGUUCCAAUCUCUGACGACAACGUGGACAAGAUAUUUAUGCUUCUCGCCCCACUUAUGCACACGGAACGAGUACGGCAGGCAUUGCUGAGGUAUAAUGAAGAUGCUGUAUGGCUGCUUGAAAAUCCUCCGCCUGGGGCCGAACCAGCUGAGCAUUCCCGUUUCCAGCGGGAUUGA